AUGUCACGUAGAAGAGGGUCCUCUAUUGGUAAAUUUGAAUUGGGUGAUACUUCCCCUAGUUUAUCAACUAUGGAUGUUUCAAAGCACCAACGUCAAAAGUCUAGUGAAAGAUUGAUCAGUUUAGCUGAAAAACCUACCACUGACAAGCAGGUUUUGAAAAAACUUUGGUUGAGUUAUCUAGAAUUAUGUUACAGACAAACCUGGAUUCAUCCUUUGACUGUAUUGCUUGCCACCAUCGGAACAUAUUUGAUUUCUAAUCCAGAAGGUAAAAUUCACCAAUUCUUAGAAAAGUGUAUCUUCCCAUCUUACCCAAUUGAAGGUACAGAUCAAUAUGGUAAAGGUGAAAAUGAUUUCUACUUCGUUGCAUACUAUGCUAUUUUCUUCACAUUUUUCAGAGAAUUUAUGAUGUGUAUCUUUUUGAGACCUUUGGCUUAUCACUUUGGAAUUACCAAGGAGGGUAAAGUCAAGAGAUUCAUGGAACAGACUUAUUCAAUCAUUUUCUUUGGUACAAGUGGUACUUGUGGUUUAUGGAUCAUGAGUAAAUUACCAAUUUGGUUUUUCCAAACCACUCCUAUGUACAUUGAUUACCCACAUAAAACUCAUGAUUUAUAUUUCAAAGUUUUUUACCUCGGUGAAGCUGCUUUCUGGUUGCAACAAUUCGUAAUCUUGAUUUUACAAGUUGAGAAACCCCGUAAAGAUCAUUAUGAGUUUGUUUUCCAUCAUAUAAUCACCGUAGCUUUGAUUUGGCUUUCUUACAGAUUCCAUUUUACCUGGAUGGGUCUCGAAAUCUUUGUUACCAUGGAUAUAUCAGACACUUUCCUUGGUAUUUCAAAAACUUUGAAUUAUCUUGGUUCACCAAUCGAAGUUCCCUUUUUCAUUUUAUUCAUGUUGGUAUGGAUUUAUAUGAGACAUUAUAUCAAUCUUAAAAUUUUGUGGUCCGUAUUAACUGAAUUCAAGACCGUCGGAGAAUGGGAAUUGAAUUGGAUCACCCAACAAUAUAAAUGUUACAUCAGUCAACCUAUCGUUUUUGGUUUGAUUGCUGCUUUGCAAUUGGUCAAUUUGUAUUGGUUAUUUUUGGUAUUCAGAAUCUUGUAUAGAAUCGCUAUGGGAGGACCAGCCAAAGAUGAUCGUAGUGACGAUGAAGAUGAGGAAGAGGAAGAAGAAAUCAAGAAAGAUCAAUAA